AUGGGAGGCGAAGCUGGAGCCAGAUCGAAUCCCUCUCAUCACCUGCAAUGCCGGGAUCAGCGCGUGCGAGAAGGGCGUGCAGUGGCAGCGGGCGCUGGCGCUGCUGAGCGCGAUGCGGGAGGCGAAGCUGGAGCCCAGCUCAGCUACAGUUCUGGGAUCAGCGCGUGCGAGAAGGGCGAGCAGUGGCAGCAGGUCGCGGGAUACGCCGUCGGCUGGUGGAGCAGCGGCGGGCAGCGCUGCAUCUGCUCGUGCGAGGUCUCGGGCAGCGUGGACCGCGACAUCAUCGGGGUCCUGCAGCGCCAGCUGGAUCGGUGCGGGCCCGACCAGCUGACCUCGCCGCCGCCGACCACCUGCCACUGCGACGCGGGCUCGAUGUCGGACCACCCGCCGGCGCCGAGCUGGCUGCGAUCGCUGAUUCCGGGGGCUCGCCUGUACGUGAGGUACCCGGACGAGGACCUCUGGCACGAGAGGCUUCCCUGCGGGCGCGUACGGGGGGACGGGUGGUCAUGGGUGGUCCUGACACCGACUGAAGACCAGCGCGAGGAGGAUUUCGUAGACGCCGCCGAGAUCUUGGCCUGUGGGCCCAGAGGCGGCACUCCAGUAAAGUUGUAUGGCAAGCACUUGUUCAGGAUGGAGCACCGCUCCAACACCCCCUACUCGGACUUCAUGGCGGCUGGGCUGAAGCUGGCUGAUGAGUUGGUCAGCGCAGGAGGCGGUGGUCCUGCACCUCCUCCUGAGGCGGGGCCCUUGGCCCCCUUGGCUGACGCCGAAGUGGAGCGCGACCCCACGACCAAGUGGAUCUCGCUCGAGUCGAGGUUCGGCUACGCCGCGGGCGACCCGAUCGACGUGGUGGGCCAGCCCUUUCUGCGCUCGGGCGAUCGUGGCGUGCUGGAGCUGGCGGAGGGGCCCAUUGCCGUGGGCAUCUCGGACACCGCGGCCACAGGGCUCACGCCACGUGCUGGGCCGCUGGACAGCCGACUGCUGGGGACGAGCUCGGACGCGACCUUCAAGCGCCAGAGUUUUGCCCAGCGCUCCCAGCUCCUCGAGACGGGCGACAACCAGAAGUGGAUGGUGCAGGGGCCCCCGACCAUGCGCUGGGUCUGCCUCACGCACGUCGAGGGCAACACUACGCCCAAGCAGCGCCAUUUCUGGUGGCGUCAGGUCCUGGGUCUGGCUUCAACGGACCCUGGGGUCGAGGAGCAAAGUUUCUUGUGCGAGCUGAUCGAGACCGCUGUGGCGAGGGACGGCAUCAACGUGGCGGCCCUGGAGUCGUUCGAGACGGUGUCGAGGCGCUUCCAGCUGUGGGAGGAGUUCUACGCGGAGGCGUUGCAGAUCGCGGAGGCCGGCGACCACGGGGAUGACCUGGACGAGAGGAGGCUCUUCCUGGGGAAGGGCCUCGCGAUUGCGUCGCCGGAGUUGGAGCAGCACGUUGCCACGAAGCUGCAGGAGGAAAGUGCGGUGCUCAAGGAGCGCCGCAAGGGUCGCGAGGAGCGGAGGGGGGGCGCAUUUGUGGUGGUGGUGCGCUUGGCGAUUAUCGAGAUCAUGGAGGUGCAGCGUGACGUGCUGCCGCUGCCGAACUGCGUGGAGAGGUUGCUGGGCCUGUUCAGCCUCGUUCGCGUCGGCUCCGACAGAUGCGCGCACAAGAGAGGUGGCUGCGUGAGGGCAUCGAGGCCCUGA